UUGUGCGUCUGACGACACACAGCCUGUUGGGGGUGUUUAGCUGCUCGAUGUCAUCUGAGAACUGGAUCAGGAGAUAUCCCCCCCCGUCGCUGUUGCGUUUCUUCUAUCAAAUAUCACAUUGAAUAAGUAGGCACCAAAUGAAGAGUCGCGACACACCCCUGACCCGUUUACAUAGCUCUUUCGCGUGUUGUCUCGAUGCUCCGGCGCUAGCUCGCGCUCCGUGCAGAUGCGCUUCCAGCCGAGGAGAGCGGAGGAGGAGGGAUCAUGAACACACCGCCGAGGAGGAGGAUGGCUCUCCGCUCGCAUAACGGUAUCGCUCGGGCUCAGCAAGCAGCUUUCUCCGCGCCAUUCUGACUUUGCAUAUCGCGUGUUUGGCCACCCCCCGCUGAAACCGUCGCCUUCUAACGCGUAUCCAGAUGGGUGAUCGGGUGUCGAGUGGUUGUAGGCCCGCCGUCCGGUGCUCGGAUCCCCAGACCGGGGCCGUGUUGUGCUAGCUAACGCUGCUUCUGCUAGCCGCACUCACCGAAUGCCGCUGCACCGAGUCACUCUCGGGCCCUCACCAGCGACACACCGCUUCACAACGGAUACACAAACGCUAACCGCCGGGUCCUGAGAUGUAAACGCGGCUGUUGUCUCGCGUGGACCAUAAUUGCAGGACGGAAAGCAGCUCGCGCAGUGAUGUGUCCGAACUGAAGAGCCUUUCCGUGGCCGGACAGCUCGAGCACAAACUGCUACCCCGAAUCACUGAGUCCUCGCACUUUCCAGGACAGAUUUCACCCGCAGUUUUCACCUCGACACAAACUGAGAUGGAUAAACUGACCAUAAUUUCAGGGUGUCUCUUUCUGGCUGCGGAUAUAUUUGCCAUAGCUAGCGUCGCAAACCCGGACUGGAUCAACACGGGCGAAUCUGCGGGUGCGCUGACCGUGGGUUUGGUGAGGCAGUGUCAAACCAUCCACGGCCGAGACAGAACCUGCAUCCCGCCUCGAUUGCCACCCGAGUGGGUGACCACGCUGUUCUUCAUCAUCAUGGGCAUCAUCUCCCUCACGGUUACCUGCGGCCUGCUAGUGGCAUCACACUGGCGCCGGGAAGCCACAAAGUAUGCGCGGUGGAUAGCCUUCACAGGAAUGAUCUUGUUCUGCAUGGCAGCACUCAUCUUCCCCAUCGGCUUCUACAUUAACGAAGUUGGCGGUCAGCCGUACAAGCUGCCCAACAACACGGUGGUGGGCUCGUCCUACGUGCUCUUCGUACUCUCCAUCUUCUUCACAAUAGUGGGGCUGCUGUUUGCGGGAAAAGUCUGCCUGCCUGGCUGAGGACGCCACUUCCUCCGGGGAUCAUCCAGGAGCUUUCGGAUUGUUUUUUUUUUCUUUUUUCUUUUCGAAGAGGAACAAAAAAAAUAAAUAAAUAAAUAAAAAUUAGCAGUGCUCGCUAUGGAGGAGAUCUGUUCACAAAGUAGGAUGGUGACACUCCAGAUUAACAACUAACUCCGAAAAUGCCAUUGCACGCACUCUGCGCACAGCUCGUGGGUCCUGUCCGUGUCCCCCAGAAACCAACCUGAGCUUAUUUGUCGCGCCAGUCUUUACGUUGCACUUAUAAGAUAUUUUUGUCCAACGUGGGACAGAGGAGCCUCGGAGGGGGAUCGCCUACCUGUGUUCCAGGUGAUAUCGAGGGCUCACGCUGAUGAUUUCAUGCUUAUUUCGGUCCCUCAUGAGCAUUUUUUUUUGUUCAGUUACACUAAUUUUACUCCAGAAUUGUACAGUUUUGUAUGGAUUCAUCGCUCGCGUUCACUAAAAGGAAGACUUGAGGCUCCAGAAUGCCCUCGUCGGUCCCUCACUGUGCUCCUGAUCAAAGGAUAAGGGACUUAUGUGAGAGAACACAGUGGAAGACAUGUUUUGUUAGAAACACUACACGAAAACGGAAGCACUAGGACUGCCGGUCAGGACCCUGUGAGGCCGUGCCUCAUUGUGCUAACUCCAUCACCUAAGAGACUUGUUUAACACACACACACACAGAAAGGUCUGGUGACCAAAAUGAACUGCUAUCUGCCCUUGUAUGUGUCCUGGGCUCCAUCAGGUCCGUGUUUGAGAAGGCCAGAGAGAAAGAUCUGUUCUGCCCUUUAACCUAAUUCCCCCCACCCCCACUCAUCCUGAUUUGCUCUUCAGACACCCGGGGUAUGGUCGGUGUUCUAUGCUAGCGUGCCAUGAAUCUGUUUCCAUUGUAUCAGUACUAAGGGCAGAUACGGUUAGAGGGAGGACUGUGCAGUAAAGCCAUCAGUAUUUGAAACACCGCAGAUGUAAGAGAGACCUCCUUACCUCAUUGUUUUUUUUUUUUUGUAAUUCGAACUUUAUUUCUUUUUCUUUGCUAACCAUGAUGAUGAUGUGUGCCCUGUAAGUUAUAUCUUGCUUUGGUCAGAGACAUUUAUCGAGAACAAAAAAAAAAAAAAAUAUGCUGUGAUCAUUGCAACUUAUUUAUCUGACACUGAAUAACAGGAGAGCAGGAAUGUGUGAGUGACAUCCUUUCUUUUCGAAGUAAUCCUUAUUUUAAACCAGUGUAUCAUGCAAGAGUGUAUAUUUACAAGGACUUGGAAUCUGUAUUAUUUUGAUGUUUGUAUGAAUUGAAGGUCAGUUUUCUCCUUAGGAGAGAUUGCUCUGUAUGAAAUCUGUUGCUCUUAUUGUUUCUUAUCUGACCCAGCGUCCGUCCCAGAAAAGAAUUCCUCUUCAGCAAGUGAACAGUUGCCUUUACAAUCGUGUUAUUUUUAAUCGCUUCAUCACCUCUUCAGUAAACGGUCCUCUUCUCUUCUCAAUAGAGGAAUCGCAUCACACAAAGCCGAAAAGUAUUCAUCCAUACUUUGUGCUUCAAACCCAGGUAUUAGGAGUAUGUAUCCUGUUAAUAUGAUAUGAACUCCAGUUUGUUAUAGGAAUGAUUUAAUAAUAAAUGACAGGGUCUGGUUGUGUGAAUGGGUGUAUGCUCGGGUGUGUGUGUUGGGUGCUUGGGUGUGUGUUUUUGUACACUUGGGCUGUGGGCAGUUGGGGGAGGGUUGUGUGUGUCCAGUGUGUGUGGGACGGGGUUGGGUUGUAUGAGCACAUGCUUGGGGGUGUGUGUGUGUGAUAAAGACAUAGCCAGUAGUGGAAGACAUCCAUGUUUGGAUGUAGAGAGAGAAAAAAAACUCAAAAUGGAAAUAAAAACAAGUAAAAGUGACUUUUAAGUAAAGGUUAAGGAAUAGGUAUUAUUUAUGACUACAGACGUACAGAUUAUGUAUGAAUAACAGUAUUAUCUAUGAAAGGAUAUUAGCAUUCCUUGUGCACAGUUACUGUUAACAGAUCCAUAUUACUGACAAGGCAAUUGUUUUUUUUUCUUCUGCUUCACUAUUUCACUGUAUAAAAUAAAAAGGCAUUAAAAAACAGCCUUACUGAC